UCUGUGUCUGCUGCCUGCCGCUUCAUUAAUUAAUUAUUCUUCAAUUAAGAACAGAUUUCCCAAUUCUAAUUCAGAACUCAGGAGAGAGAGAGAGAGAGAGAGAGAAAUAAAAAAUGGGGAUUCCGUCGGAGAUGAGGGACUUAUUAUUAGCAAAUCGCAAUAAUAAACCUUUGGUGAUUCCGUCGCCGAUGGAAGAUGAGAGAAUUCUUCGCACAAAGAAGUGCACUCAGGAAGGGGUGCGUGCAGGAGCCAAAGCUGCUGCAGUUGCAUCAGUUGCCAGCGCCAUACCCACUUUGGUAGCUGUUAGAACAAUUCCUUGGGCCAAGGCAAAUCUAAAUUACACUGCUCAGGCACUCAUUAUAUCUGCCGCAUCAAUAGCUGCAUACUUCAUCACGGCUGACAAAACCAUAUUGGAGUGCGCAAGGAGAAAUGCACAAUAUAAAUCAUCUUAAAGAUGGACUUUCUGAUGUCUUUGCUCGGUGCUUGGCUCAUGUUGUAUUCGACAUAACAACAUUAAUUAUCGUGUCUUAAGUUUCUGAAACUACUUUUGAUUUUUAUAUUCCCACAUUCAAUGAAAUUUUUACAUGAGUCUUUC